UUGAAGUGUGUAUGUCUUUUGUGUGACUCUUCAAACUUUACCUGCCAAACAGAAGGAGCUUGUUGGGCCUCAGUCAUGCUAACCAAUGGAAAGGAACAGGUGAUCAAAUCCUGUGUAUCUGUCCCAGAAUUACAGGCCCAAGUCUUCUGCCAUAGUUCUAACAAUGUUACCAAAACCGAAUGCUGCUUCACAGAUUUUUGCAACAAUAUAACACUGCACCUGCCAACAGCUUCACCAGAUAGCCCCAAACUCAGAUCCAUGGAGCUGACCAUUGUUAUCACUGUGCCUGUCUGCCUCCUGUCUGUGCUGGCCAUGCUGACAAUAUGGGCACGCCAGGGCCGACAGUGCGGCUACCGGAGGACAAACAGGCACAACGUGGAGGAGCCGCUCUCUGAGUGCAACCUGGUAAAUGCUGGAAAAACGCUUAAAGAUCUGAUUUAUGAUGUGACCGCCUCUGGUUCUGGCUCUGGUCUGCCUCUCCUGGUUCAGAGAACAAUUGCAAGGACAAUUGUACUUCAAGAAAUAGUAGGAAAGGGUAGAUUUGGUGAGGUGUGGCAUGGAAGAUGGUGUGGGGAAGAUGUGGCUGUGAAAAUAUUCUCCUCCAGAGAUGAAAGAUCUUGGUUUCGUGAGGCAGAAAUUUAUCAGACAGUUAUGCUUCGACACGAAAACAUCCUUGGUUUCAUCGCUGCUGAUAACAAAGAUAAUGGAACUUGGACUCAGCUUUGGCUUGUAUCUGAGUAUCAUGAACAGGGCUCCUUAUAUGACUAUCUGAAUAGAAAUGUGGUCACGGCAGCCGGAAUGAUCAAACUGGCACUUUCAAUAGCUAGUGGCCUGGCACACCUCCACAUGGAGAUUGUUGGUACGCAAGGAAAACCUGCUAUUGCUCAUCGAGACAUAAAGUCAAAGAAUAUCUUAGUGAAAAAAUGUGAGACUUGUGCCAUAGCAGACUUAGGGUUGGCUGUGAAGCAUGAUUCCAUUCUGAACACGAUAGACAUACCUCAAAAUCCUAAAGUGGGAACCAAGAGGUACAUGGCUCCCGAAAUGCUUGAUGAUACAAUGAAUGUCAAUAUUUUCGAAUCCUUCAAACGAGCUGAUAUCUAUUCUGUUGGUCUGGUUUACUGGGAAAUAGCCCGAAGGUGUUCAAUUGGAGGAAUUGUUGAGGAGUACCAGUUGCCUUAUUAUGAUAUGGUGCCUUCAGAUCCCUCCAUAGAGGAGAUGAGGAAAGUUGUCUGUGAUCAGAAAUUUCGACCAAGUAUCCCAAACCAGUGGCAAAGCUGUGAAGCACUCCGUGUCAUGGGGAGGAUAAUGCGCGAGUGCUGGUAUGCCAACGGGGCAGCACGCCUAACUGCCCUUCGGAUUAAGAAGACUAUUUCUCAACUUUGUGUCAAAGAAGAUUGCAAAGCUUGAUGAUAAUCCUGCCACAAAGAAACUUCUCACAGCAUUCUUUCCCAUUUUCCCUCUUUAUGUGAAUGUUCUUGCCAUUUUCUUUCUCCUUUGUCCUUUUGGUUCUACCUCAAAGAUAAUGCAGUACAGUAUUUAAGUGCCCAAAGGCAGUGUGAAAAAAUAGCUCUAAAGUUAAGCUUGGGCAGGAGCUGACUUUAUUCAUCCUCCUUGUUGACUUUAAGUUUGUUUUGAAAAGUGAUACAUGAACUCAUCGUUUUAUUUAAUGAGAAAAAUAUUAUAAAAGUGUAAAAUAAGCUAUAUAAAAUAAGUCAUUAAAGAUUUUGUUUUACUUGAACCAACAGCACAUGAAUGAAUAGAAAAAAGUAAAAUAUAUUUUCCUCAGAAGAAAAAUAGUCAUUAAAAAUGUGAACUAGAGCUAUAGUUAAAUAUCUCUUUAGAUCAUGCCAUUUAUGGUUUCCUUUGUUAAAAUUAUUAAUAUUCUUUUAAAAAAUAAAUAGUGCUCUGACGUUUAGUAUAUAAAACAUCACAUAAUGGUGGAGCUGCUUGGUGAAAUAAGGAAGUGGGAGUAGAGUCCCACUUGCUUGGUUUCGCCUCUCCAUUCUCCUGUUCUUCAUCACCCACUACUGCAACAGUCCGUAAAGCAAAUACUUUGAAAGACACUAAACUUAUUACUUCCUCUCACUUGCUGACGAGACACCUGACAUCUUGAAAUACUAAAAAAAGUACUGAAGUCAUUCAGCUAACGGCACAGUUGGCAAUAGCCCAGAUCUUGUGACAAUCAGCACUGAAGAGUUAGCCAGCCUCUUGCUUUUUCUUGAUUCUCAUAGUGCUUUUCUCCUUAUGCAGAAAUAUCUUCACUACGAUAUUUAUAGUUUAGUCAUAUAGAAUAUAUAUUGAAUUAUUUUACAGAGUUAUGAUUGACCUGCAUGAAAUUUUAGAAGCGCAUCUAUUAGAUAUGGCACUUUCCUCAUAGAAAUGUAAUAGUUACUUUGCUUGUUAAUGACUGUGAGUUUCUGUACACUUCCAAAGACUAACUAAACCCGAAUAUCUAGUGUCUGGAGAUGUCUUAAGAUGCAAUUCACAAGUCAUAUUACUUUUGUACAUACAAAGUUAGAAGAAAAGGAUAGGAAGGGGAGAGGAAGCAAAGAAAUAUUUUGAGAGAAAUUUUAGAAACUUCAAAAUGUGUAACAACCAGAUGCUGGAGUAUCAGACACAGUGAAUGGCUAUUUCCCUAACCUUUCAAAAUGAGCAGAUGGGUGCGGAGCAAUGCUUGUGAUAGUCUUUCUCCAUUGUACUUUUUGUGGCAACAGAGUGAUGAAUAUUUAAUGAGAUGCUAAAUAUUUCCAUCAAGUAUAUAAUGCUGCUUUGGUGAUGGAGAUUUUACAUGUUGUCUUUUAUUUUUCUAAAAUGUUGCUUCCCAAACUUUCUUCCGUAGAAAAUUGUUCUGCUGAGGUGACCCACAAACAAAAAUAUUCUUCGAUAGCUUCUUAGAAAGUGAUACUUGAACACUAGCAUGUGCUUUGAGAAGUUUAGCAGUAAAAACCUAUUACUUGAUUUUUUUAAAAAAAAACUGGAUUUAUCAAAUUAUUUGGCCACAGUAGAACCUGUUUAUUAAGGGAAGAGGAAAGAUUUUACUGUCUCACAUAUAAGUGUUCUACAAAGUACAAGUUGGGUGACAGUGUUAUGUAUUUUCAUAUAAAGCACAGUUCAGUGACUAUACUUCAGUCCACUAUGGAAAUAUGUUACUGAAUCCAUCUUCAUUUGAUUCAGUUGAGAUAGGAAAGAAAACAAACUGACAGCGGUGGGGAUGCUUUCAUUCUCAUUUAUGCAUUCCUCCAUUUAUGAAAUAAUCAUGGAGUACCCCAUGUCUUGCUUGCCACAACAUUGGGCACAAGGGGGAAUAAAAAGAUAGAUAAGUCCUGCACUCAGAGAUUUUAAAAUCUAAUUUGGGAAUGGGAAAAGUGAUAUGAGUAUGUGGGAAGAAAGUAAAUUGACAGAUAAAAUGCAUCGAGCUAUGUAUAACAGUGGUUUUAAAGAAUAGGUGUGAAAAUCACUUUAUAUUUGCAACACAUUUAGAAAGUGUUUUUAUUUGCAUAUUAGAGUAUCUUUAUUUGGAUAUUAGAGCCUAAAUAGAUCACCAGUUUUAAAAAGGAUUUUAAAAAGAGCUUAUGUGAAGGAGUAAACUUGUUUAUACUUAUUACUUUAUUUCUCAUAGACUGUUUUUGCAUAUAAGAGAAUGAAAUUAUUUAUUUACUAUGGUCUUACUGUAGUCUCAAAUGAGAAUAAUGUUUAUUGUUUUAUUCAUGUAUGUUGGAUAAAUACACUCACUGAAUUUUUAAGAGAGGAUGUUUUAAUGUUGCUAUUUUAUUUCUCAUUGUUUUAUAAUUUAUUUGAGAGUGUAUAAUAUAAUCUCAUAUUUUGCUGAUUUACCUUUCACUCUUUGUAAAUCUAUACAUUGGUACUUUUUGACAUACAAUAUUUUGUUUGUUAGCAAUGACUCCUAACUGAAUCAUCUUGUACUUCAAUUUUGUAAUAUGUUUUAGGUAGACCAACAAAUGUGAUAAGGAAAAUAUUAAAAGUUAUAAGUUUUCCUUAACUCUCAACAUGACUAUACAAAGAAAAUGUUCACUUAUAAAAAUAGGAUAAAGUUUAGAAUGUCAGAUUUUCUGUACAUACCUAUGCUGUUAAAUUUUAUAUGAUUUGUUUUUGAUGAUGUCCCAUUGUGUAAUAUUUAUUACUUUUCAGAUUUGUUAUUAGCGAAGCAAUUCUUCAUAGGUUAGGUUCAGAAUAUCAGUGUUUUUACUCAUUUCAGUUAUUUUGGCUUUUGGACAUGAUACAAAGCUUGGGAAAAUGUGAUUAUGAAUUUUCAGUACUGUAUAAAGAGGUAAUAAGAUUUAUGUGCAGCAUCAGUCUCUGAAAGUAAGAGAAACAUUAUUUGUUGUCAAUAUUUAAGCAUGGCCUUAUUACCUUGUAAGUUACGUGUUUAAGUUUGUAAUUGGUGCAGAUUCUGUUGUAUGCAUUCUUGUAUGUCUAAAAUAUUUGGCAUGUCAUAUCUAGAAUUCUUAAUUAUGUUCUGACUUGAGAGUUAAGUGAAACAUGACUGUCGUGCACUAUUUUAGGCAUAGCACUUGCUUUUCAUCUUUAUACUUUCAAUUAACUUUGCAUUUUAAAUUUCCAUGAUUGUAUGAAAAUAGUAACUUGGGUGCAGUAUCUGAAGAAUUCAAAAUCAGCUUUUCUUUUAAAAUGAAAGUCUACAAUAGAUUCCUUAGGUUAGAAGUUCUACUCUAAUUUAUUAUUUUAUAACUUCUACUAUUGUAGAAUUAUUAACAGAAAGAAAAUGAAACUACUUUCUUGGAAUUUUGCCACGGUGUGACUUACUGCAGCAGAAGGAACUCAGGGCUGUCCUGGAGACCACCCCUAAACACCGGCAGCCUGCGCGGCCAGGCUCUUGAAAUCAAGGAGCUGACCGACCUUGCCGUCAUGUGCUGUGCAACUUAAAUCACCUGUCAGGGAAUAGUUUUUGAUUGAUUAUUUGGUUAAACAAAUUUAUUUAAAUUGUGGAAAUUUUAUUUCCCAUGAAGAAAUCAAGUAAAAGUAGCAAAUGAAUAGAAGUUGGCAGUUGAUGUCUUCAAUAAUUUUUCCUUUAUGUAAGUUUAUAAAUAUAACAUUAUAAGCUAUUUAGAAAUGUUUGGUAUUAGUAUCUUAAAAUAGGGUCAGAUUUUUUUGACGAUACCUUUAGUCUCUUUUUGUGUGUGUGAAACUUAACCCUUCUCUGUUUGAUAAUAUUUUGUUCUAUCCAUGUACUAAUACCUACUUGAACUUUAUUCACUAUUUUACUUAAGACAGUGAACCCUCUGACUGAGGGCUUCUAAUCAGAAAAACACCAACAGAAAUAUAAAACUUUUACUAAAAUUGUGGGUAUUAAGAAUUUCUAUAAUAUAACCAGCUUUCUAAAGCAUUUUAAUGAAAUAUUCAGUUAUUUGACGUUCUUCCCCCCAGCUUCCUUUUUAUUUCAUUAUUUUCUCACUUCCUUUAAAAAUACUUCUUCAUUAACCUUCAAAAUUAUUAGUUCCUAAUUUUAGUACAUAAGUUCUUUACUUAAUUAUUCUGAAAUUUUAACCUUUUCAUUAAAAGCUAUCCCUAAGUUACCUAAAUUAUUUAUCAUAUGUCACAGCCAAAUAUGAAAACCAGAACUUUUAGGAAUUGAAGAACCUAAGAGAUUUUGUGACUUGACUCCAAUGUCGUACAGAGGAAGAAACCAGAGGUCAGAGAUUAAAUGAGUUAUUUCAGAAACCCAGGGGCGAUACCUGCAACUGUGCCCUGCUCAACUUCUACUAGUUAAAAAAUUAGUUAACAUGCAUCUGAACUUACCUUGAUUAUACACUCACAUAAAUGUGCCAUCUAAAGAUGAUGAUGAAAUUCUACUUUUCUCUGUGUUUCUACUUAAUUUUCUCAAGAUAAAAUAAUUUGCUUAGUGAGAAAAACAUGACAAAGAAAGAGAUUUGAAAUGAUUGUCAUGCUAGAUAGGCAGCCACUGAGUGCUCAUGAGUGCAGUUUAAGGGUGCUGAGAGGGCAGACGUUCAGUCCAAGUAAGGACUGGAUAAGUUUCAUGACUUUGCCGAUUCCCCUUUCUCUAGGGGAUGUCUUCUCUUUAUGCUCCGGAUGGCUUGGAAGGUGAUUUGGUAGAUGAAUUUUGGACUAUGUCCAGUGACAUAUUAUCUGACUUUUUUUCUUUUCUCAGUUUUAUCUUCAGUAUUCAUUUUCUUUCAGCACAUUAAAAAACAAUUUCUGGAUUUCAUCAACUCUAACUUCAUGAUUCUUGUCUCUCUUUAGUUGUACUCUAACCCUGUCCAGAUUGUUACACACUGGACUUCUUAACAAGAUAUUAAUUUUCUCACUCAUGUAUGAGAGGUUUCGCCUCAUAACUUCACCAGUAAUUAUUCUCUCGGCACUAUAAAAAGUGUUCUGUUAAUGGCAGAGAUGACUUUCUUUUAAACUUUAAAAAGAUUGUCUGGUUAUAUUCUAACUUUUAACUAACAUAUAAAUAUUGUCUACUUUUGAUUUAAUGCUAAAUUCCAAUUGAAACAGUGACUUGGAGAGAGAAUGGAAUAUAUGUCCCAUAACAUGACUGCUAAAAUUACUUUUGCUAUAUUUAAUACUAUUGCUUUGUUUUCCUUUUGCCAUCUUUUAAAACCAAACCAUUGUGCCAUAUGAUUUGGAAUAUAAUGUUAUAUUGUAAUUAGAUAAUAAUCCCCUUUAAAAAUUCAUCUAUUAAAAAGCUGUAGGAUAUGUCUCUAGUUCAGUUGUAGGUGAAUAUACCUUUUGGGAAAAUAUGAGUUCUAGCUCAUCCUAAUUUUAAUAUUGUCAGAUAUGACCACAUUUUCUGAUAAUCAGCUCCAUGUUAAAGUAGCAGAAGAUUUUCCAUCCACAUACAACAGUUUUAACUGCAAGACUUUUACCCAGAGCUUUAUGAACUCUGAUUAAUAUAUGUAGUGAGGAUCUGAGAAUAGUAGAUUAGGUACACUGUCACAGGAUGAAAUUGGGCAUAUUGUGCUAUACAAAAAUACUCCCAGCUACAGGGAAGGUAGGGGCUGAAAUGUCUGCAAUUGGCUCUUUGAAAGAGGAAACACAUUUUUAAUUGGUAGAAAAGAACCUUAUGUAUAUAUUUUCAAAAAAUGGCCCUGCUUAUAAAUCUUCAGAAAAUUGGAAUUCAAAAUUCAAAAUGGUUCUUAAUAACUGCAAUUUGAACAGACAAUUUAGGAGAAAAAGUUGUUUUGGCUUUUCAUCCUAGCAUCUAAAAGAGCAGGUAAGGUUAGAUGUUAGACCUGCUGGUUUAAAUUUUCUACCCUGACACUUGCAGAAAGUUACACAGACUGUGAUUUUGAUGUUUUCAUUCAUACUGAACCUGUUCAUUGACUUAUGAAACAAGAUUGUGUGCCCAGGUUCUGUCCAGAAAUAUAUAAAUUGAGAGUCAUCAAAAUUUCUAGUUUCUCCAUAGGCUAAGCAAUAGUAUUUGAGCACUUUUAAAGACCCAAUACUUUCCUUCUCUCUACAAAAUAUUAAAUUCUAGUUCAUUUCCACAAUGACUAGUGUCAAGCUCACAUACUGUUCCGAUCUUAGACUGAAUAAGAUUAUUCAAACCUGUUUUGUUUCAUGCUUUAAAAUGCCCCAGAAACAGAAAAUUAGACUCAGAUCUAAAAAAAAAAAAAAAAA